UGUGUGCUAGCAAACUCACCGCGGUAAACUAUGACAAAACUGGACACGGGGACACUAUCCACUACGAGUUUACCUAGACGUAGACAAGUAAGUUCACCGACUCCCGAUAUGUCUGAGAUUGGAACUGCUUGUUAACAACAUCCAGAAAGCCGACUGCUUGGUUACGAAUAGCCAACCCAACUAAGGGCAGACAGACUCCUACAUCAAGAGCCUUUGGACCUGGUGUCGUCCCGUCGGACUGCAUGCGUGUGUGAAAUAUUUACAGAAACAAGAAUAAGAAGACAUUUCGUUUGGUGUUGCGGAGAGAACGACCAUUCCUUGAAAUAUGAUCACGUUAUUGUUUCUCCUAAUGACCUCUCCUGGUGUGCUGUCUUCCUCGACCCGGUUGGCGGCCAUCUACCCUCAGGACCCGGCGGUGCGCAUCGGCAGCAGCCUGACGGCCACGUGCUCGGUGAGCUCGGAGCUGGGCCUGCAUGCCAGCUCGCUCUACUGGACGCUGAACGGCAAGCGGCUGCCGGCCGCCCUGUACACGGUGCUCAGCCCCACCGCGCUCAGCGUCACGCUGCCGCAGCUGGGCGGGUCGCGGCAGCGCUCCGGCGACAACCUGGUCUGCCACAACAAUGGCGGACACGUGCUGGCCGGAUCCUGUCUCUAUGUCGGGAUGCCUCCUGAGAAGCCGGUGAACCUCACCUGCUGGUCACGGAACACGAAGGACCUGACGUGUCAGUGGGCCCCGGGGGGGCAGGGGGAGACCUUCAUCCGAACCAAAUACACCCUCAAGUACAAGCUCAGGUGGUACAGCCAGGAGAAGGAGUGUGAGGACUACAACGUGGGCCAGCCUUACACAUGCUACAUCCCGCGCGACCUGGCCCUCUUCACGCCCUACGAGAUCUGGGUGGAGGCCACCAACCAGCUGGGGGCCGCCGUCUCAGAUGUCAUCUACCUGGACAUCCUAGACGUCGUGACCACGGACCCGCCGUCCAACGUGCACGUGAGCCGCGUGGGUGACCUGGAGGACCAGCUAAGCGUGCGCUGGAGCACCCCGCCGGCCCUCAAGGACUUCCUCUUCCAGGCCAAGUACCAGAUACGCUACCGGCUGGAGGACAGCAUCGAGUGGAAGGUGGUGGAUGACGUGGGGAACCAGACCUCCUGUCGGCUGGCGGGCCUGCGGCCGGGCACUGUGUACUUUGUCCAGGUGCGGUGUAACCCGGUGGGCAUGCUGGGCUCCAGGAAGGCGGGCAUCUGGAGCGACUGGAGCCACCCGACCGCCGCCUCCACGCCUCUCAACGAGAGGAUGAUGGGUGGCUCGUGCGAUUCCAAGUCGGGGCAGCAGAACUCCACGUUAAGGCGGGACCUCAAGCAGUUCUUCGGCUGGGUGCGGAAGCAUGCCUAUGGCUGCAGCAGCAUGUCAAUCAAACUCUACGACCAAUGGCGGGUCUGGCUGCAGAAAUCGCACAAAACGCGCAACCAGGUUCUUCAAGAUGAUAAGUCCUAGCACCUGCUCUUGCAAUACAGCGCCAGCCAGCUCUGAAGAGGGACAUUAAUAACUUGUACGAGAGACUCAUCCUCCUCCAGACUGGAUGAACCGUUGUUUGGCUCUUCCCUAAAUACUAAAAAGAGCCUGCUGCUGCUGUGGGUGGAAUAAAUCAAAAGACUUUUUCUGUCGGCACGGCAGGACAGCUCGCAGGGGCGCACAGGAACUCACUCUGCGUUUCCAAAAACCAGCCCUUGUGUGCCCGGCUUUCACAAGUGCCUUUCACAGUGCCGCCGACAAAACACAAACUGUUUAAAAACUGUCUCUCCUCCGACAAUGGUGACAUUAGCAAGAGCCACUGUUAACAUAUGGUGGUGUUGAAGUGGUGAAGUGGAGUCCUUUUUUUACCAAGAGAGGGGGAGCCGGUCAACAGCAACAGCCAACAGAGGAAAUUUGCACAUUGACAUAUUGGAGUGAUGUAUAAAGCCAUUAACAUGUGCGUGGAAUCAUCAUCGUCUAUAUUUGCUUCAGGGGUCAUUCUAAAACCAUUCCAGCAGCAGCUACGUAUCUGUGUCAACCAUCCCAAACUGUAAUGUCUGAAAGAAUGCAUCACAAUCAUCACACAGCAUCAUCACCCCCUCCCCCAAUGUUUAUGUUGUUUUGCUGAUGAGGUCAGAGGGAAGGCCAGAGGGGGUAUUCUCCAGUUGGACCACUAAACUGUUGCAGUAUUAAUGUGGCAGAUGAGGAGAAUGAGGCGUUUACAACUGCCACAGCUAAGAAGGUUUACCUCACGUAGUACCUCGGUAAAAAAAAACAAAAAAAAACCACACACUCACACACCUUUCUUGAGUUGGUUAGGAUCACAGUCCACAACAAAAACGUUGACUACAGAGUUUCAGUGUAUUUGGAAUUCUGUUCCACUGUAUCUGGACAUGAUCCGUGGAUAUACACAAAUUAGGGUCUUUGCGCAAAUCAUUACUUUGUAUCGCUUUCGUCACUCACGUCCAAGACCACCCAGUGGAACAUCCGAGAAACGGGAUCGAGGGGGAAGAAAAAUAAGAAAUUUGCAGUAUUCCCUCCCGUGGCAAAUCAAUACGCUAAAGGUAAACAGCCCGCAACCAUGGAUUUAGGGGCAAACGAGGCUGCCAAGGAUUCUUUCAUUUGAACUCUUGACUUGGGAAAGGGGGGCGUCCUCGCGGCUUCUCUGUGGUCUUAAACACCCUGCUUUACUUUGGCACCCUAAUUCACUGAAGCUGGAUUUUUAGGUGUUUAUUGUCAAUGAACAGUUUGUGAAUAGUUGUGUUUAUAUUUGAGUACAUUUUCACCGCUUUUAUUUUUGUACCGAAUUGUAUCAGCAUAUUUAAAAACAAAUGUUCAAAGUUAUGUUUUUGUUGUUCCUAAAUUAUGUAUAGUUAUUACUUAUUAUUAUAUUGCUGACUGAAAAUUGAAAACCAUAAUAUUGUUA